UAUAAUUUUUCUUACCUAUUUAUUUUCAAUAUUAUUAUGAAUACAAAACUGCAUACAGGGUAUACAAUACAAUACACGCAUGUCGUUGGACAGCUGAUUUCCAAGUAUCAAUCUCCGGAUCAUUAUUCAUUAUUGUGAUCAACAUGGACCGUAGAUCGUAGGUGUCUUGAUCUCGGUUUUAUGUUGAUCGUAAAUCAUAGGAACUAAAUUACUAGUUUGAACUUUUAAAGGAAUUAAUAGGUUUGUUGGCUUAAUUGUUUGUACGUUUUCACUGUUGUAUCAAUCAAAUAUGUUAUAUUUGUAACAAUAAUUGUAGUAUCGGUUGACUCUUGCAUAUUAUAUUAUAAGAAAACCGAUUUUUACACGUAUUUUGACUGAUUAUUUAGAACACAAUGAUGGGCAUUCGUCAACCAGUUGUAAAGGACAUUGUUUCUGCUUUUGAAUCCUCUCAAAAUCAAUCAUGGUCUAUGUUUUGUAACAAAUUGGGUGGCAUUCCUGACAAAGACUAUAAAAGAAAAGAUUUUUUAAAGUCUGAAAACCCUAUAGAACUGUCAGAGGAAGAUGUGCCUGUAUUCGGAUUGAUUCCCCGUCUUGAAAAUCUGGUUCUAGUCUCUUGUACUAAAUGUUCAAUGGUAGUUAAGAGAGAUUGUAUACAUUUCCACUACAAUCGACGUCACAACAAUUCCCAAAAUGAUGAAUUUACAUUGGAACAAUUUAUGAUACCCAAUUUAAAAGCAAAUAAACAGAAAAGGCAAAAAUUUAAUGGUCGAAAGAUAAAAGGGAAAAAAGUUGUGGACUGCCACAGUGAGGAUUCUGCUGUACAAGAUAUAAAUACUGAAUUUAACCAAUUAGAUUUUAUGAGACUUCCAGAUUUAAAACCGGACAACAAUGAGAUUUCCUAUGAUAAUGAAUGUAGUAUGGAUAUGCCUAUAACAAUAAUUAAGACCUACGACCCUAAUACCGAUUGCGGUGUUCUUGACUGGGCUUUCAAACCAUGUACUCAAAGUUUAGCUCGAUGUAUCGAUCAUAAAAUCAAAGAGCGAAUGGCUGUUACUGGUCGCGAUAAAGAUUUUGAUCAACUAUUAGCUGAAUCGCUUGGUGUCACAACAGAAACAAAAUUUAACUACAAUAAUAUUUAUUCUAAUUUUAUUAAUGACGAAAAUAAUGAUGAAUAUUUAUCAAAGUUUAUUCCAGUAAGUUCGAAUACUAGAAUAAUUAAUAAUACACUUACACAAACAACAUUUGAUGAUUUCAAAGUUGAAUAUGACGAUGAUAGACUAUGGAAUUUUGAAGCUAUACCAAAAUAUGAUACAGGAUCGGUGUAUAGUCCAGACGGUAAAUAUGAAGAUUUACCAAGUAGUUUAAUGUCUUACAGUAGUAUUGAAAAGAGUAGUAAGGUUACAAGUGACUGUGAAACGUCCUUCAAGCCAACUACACCAGAACAAAAGAACAAAUACUUAAUUCCUUUUUAUACGGGUAGGCAAUAUGUUCAAAAUGCGCACUUUAAUCAUAGUGAAGUUAAUGGAUUGAUUUACAUGGAUAAAAAACACUUAAUGUGCAAAGCCCGUUUAAAAGAAAGUCUGGAUAUCAAAAAACAAAGUAGUAAGAAGCGUUACAAGUUUUCACAGAAAAAUAAUUUAGAAAUUAAGAUGAAAAAUCUUUUGAACAGGCCAGCAGGAGGUCAAGUUUUUGCUGAUAAAGAAAAUCGUAACCGCUGGAUUACAAGUUAUGAAGGAUUUAAAAAAAUUAAAAGGGUUGAAUUCGUAAUGAGAAAAAUUCCGCACUCCGAUGACUCGGACAAUAAUGAUGUGGAUAAAUAAUAAAUUUUAAUUUACUGUUAAAUUACUCUGUAAAGACUUUCUAUAGGUCUUAUUAUUUAUUUGUUCCUAAAUUAAAAAAUAAUAUUUUUUUCUUCUAAAUUUUAACUAUUGACAAUUAUGUUGCCUAGAAACUAAAUUUUUUUUGAUAUUAUUUUAUAAUAAAUAUAUAAUUUUAUACAUUCUUAUUUUUAUAAUUGCCGAAUUGUUUCUUUAUUGAUAAUGACAUCAAAUAGUACUGUUAUAGAAUCUGUAACAUCUGAUGUUGAAAGUGAAUUAUGUAAUUUAUCUUUGCCAUUAAUUAACAACUCGCCUAAUAGUAAUAAAAUAGACUAUAGUAGCGUUGUUCAGUGGAUCAACUCAUUCGAAUUCAGUCGGCCCAAGAGAAAUAUAGCUAGAGAUUUUUCCGAUGCAACAAUGGUCGCUGAAAUCAUCAAAUACUACUGGCCAAAGACAAUAGAGUUGCAUAAUUAUAUACCUGCCAGUUCAUUGUCAAAUAAGAUUUCCAAUUGGGAGACAUUAAAUAGAAAAGUGUUGAAAAAAUUGAAGCUACCUCUUACUAAAGUUACUAUUAAAAAACUAUCUAUGGCUGAUAUGGAUGCAGUGUGUCAAUUUUUAAAGUCUUUGAAGUGUUUAGUAGAAAAUGAUGAACAUGAAAAACUAAUAGAACUUGAAAAAAGUCAAACUUAUCCACUAUAUGUAAUAGACAAUGGAGAAAUGGUUCAAGUCACAGAGAACAAUACUUCAAGAAACAAAUAUUUAGACCAAGAUGUUGUACGUCUGAUAAAUAAGCUAAAGCUGAAAAUUGUCGACUUGGAACACAAAGUUGAUCAUUUAAGUACGUUGAUUCACGUUAAAGACAGAAGAAUAAACGAUUUACAAUUACAAUUAAAUCACACGAAAAAAGAAAAACAGUAAUUACAAUACAAUAAAUAGUUUUUGGAUUGGAUUAUAUAUUAUUAUUUAUGAUCUUUUUAAUGAGUUACAUUAAUAUUUCUCCGGUUUUGGCAUGUAUACACAAUUAUUAUUUAUUAGUAUACAAAACUUGAGUGCAUUUAUAAUGUACAUAAACAAUAAAGUAAAAACAUUCUUUCGAUAUUUAAUUUAUAACCUAA